ACGACAGGUGGACUUUCGACACCGGCAAAUGGUCGUAUCCUUUUCCGUUACUGAAGACUACGCCAGAACUUAAAGGCCCCGUCGUUAACGAUGACCAAACAGUGCAACUCACGUGCCAGAUUGUGUAUGACAAGAACGAAGUGGAACAAAGGUUUGAGGUCACAUGGACAUUUGACGGAAAGCCAGAUCCUAGCAUCAACACCAGGAUUCUGGCAGGCACUGAAAGAGUUGCCACCCUGACUGCUCAACAGCUGCAAAAUCAUAAAGACAAAGAAGUGGAAUGCCAGGUGAGAACCUAUUACGAAGGAAGGGAACAUGACAAGAGUGACUUGUUUCGAAGCAAAACAUUAUUUUUUGGAAUUCAGGUUAAUCCUGCCGAUAUUACUAUUGACACAAGUAAUAUUGAGAGAGAUGUUACUGUAACAUCCACCAUACCAGUUGUUUGUGACCAAGGUCCGAAUUGUUGUGUGACUUUUAAACCAAUACUGAAUACAAAAUCAGUGGUAUUUUUCAAGAACACUUGUGAGCAUAAAAUUUGUUCAGCUGAUUGGAAUCCACAGACAAGAAGUUACACUGUUAAGGUGACAGUCAAAAUUGAGGCAGGGUUUGCAUGUUCCCUCACUGGUGACCCCCACGUUACAGGAUUUGAUUACAACUAUCAUUUCUAUGAGGUUGGAGAGUACAUUGUGUACACUGUAGAUGACAGAAACUUUCAGGUUCAAGUGAAAACUUGGAACUGCUGGAAUAACCAUGUCACUUGCAUCUGUGGGGUUGUUGUUAGAGAACAGAACAGCAUCAUCAGGUUUGUACUUAAUAAGAGCAAGCCAAUAAUCACCUUCAUAUUGACGAUUACUUUGUUAUCUGGGUCAGAGAUAAAGAUUGAUCUUUAUCCACUUGUUAUGAAUGUGUACAUAAGAACUCCUGCCUUCGACAUCAGCAAAGCUAGAGGUAUUUGUGGAACUAAUGACGGGAAUCAGAUCUCGAAGGACCGAAGCCUGUUUGUGACAGUUCCUUCGAGGACCAAGGUCGACGUUAAUGAAAAAUACUGCUCUUAUGUCCCUAAAGAAAAACAAUGGCCAAAUAGUAAAGGUAUAACUGAAGACCAAGCUAAGCAAAUGUGCAGUAGAGGUAUUUCUACUGCCUUGCUUUAUGAUCAGUGCAAGAAGGACAACACAAUGAUGGACAAUACAAUGAGUGACUGCAUGAACGAUAUUUUGAUGGGAGAAACCACCGAGACCAUGGAUGCCAUCAAGUCAUCAUUCAUGACACACUGCCAGGAAGCCAUGCUUAAAGACAACAACAGCUACCAUGAACAAGAUGGUGUUCUUGUUUUGAAACCAAUUUUCAUGGACUUUUUUUGUCCACUCGAGUGUCAACAACACGGUUCUUGUGAGACAGCUGGAAAAUGCAUUUGCAACAACGGAUGGGAAGGGGACGCCUGCCAUAUUGAGGUGGGCAAGGGACCUCAGAUCAGCUGGACUAACAGUGGAGCUAUGUGUUAUGCACAUGAAAAGUACUGUGACUCUGUUAAUCUCAUUGUAUCAAACGUUAAUCUUCUGGAUGAACUGACAUGUCAGGUGUACACACUGGAU